AACCUGCUGGCCGAAGGGCCCGCCUUCCAGGCCCAGGAGCCCCUGUGAUUGGUCAGCUGCCUCGCCUCUCACGGAGGGGGCGACAGGUGAAUGAAGGGGGGGGGGCGUGUAGGUGCGCGGAGCUCGGCGGCCGCGCGGCUGGAUCUAGCUGGAAGAGAUACAGGCUACUCCAGAGCAGCAGCAGCUGGUGGAGAAAUGGAGAUGCAAUCCUAUUAUGGCAAGCUCUUGGGGGAGUUGAAUGAACAGCGAAAGCGGGACUUUUUCUGUGACUGCAGCAUCAUUGUGGAAGGGCGGGUCUUCAAGGCCCACAGGAACAUUUUGUUUGCCAACAGCGGCUACUUCCGAGCCCUGCUCAUUCACUACAUCCAGGACAGUGGGCGGCACAGCACCGCCUCCCUGGACAUUGUCACCUCCGAUGCCUUCUCCACCAUCUUAGACUUCCUGUACUCUGGGAAGCUGGAUCUGUGUGGGGAGAAUGUGAUUGAAGUUAUGUCGGCUGCCAGCUACCUGCAGAUGAACGAUGUGGUGAACUUCUGCAAGACAUACAUCAGGUCAUCCCUUGAUAUCUGCCGGAAGAUGGAGAAGGAGGCAGCAGUGGCUGCAGCGGUGGCAGCAGCAGCGGCGGCGGCAGCGGCGGCCGUGGCGGCUCAUCAGGUUGACAGUGGAAGUCCCAGUUCAGGGAGGGAAGGGACCUCCUGCGAUACCAAGAGCUUGGUCUCCUCUCCAGGCGAGGGAGAGGAGAGUGUGGACUGUCCAAGAGCAUCCCCUUGCAGUGACUGCAGAGGCUGCCACCCGCUGGAACUGGUGGUGAAGGACAGCCAGGGCAGUGGCCCUGCUGACAGUGACCUCUCUAUUCUGCCCAAACAGAUAGAGCCCAAGGUGGAGUUUGAUGCUGACGAGGUGGAGGUGGAGGUGGAGGGUGGUGCACACCUGCAGCCGUAUGCCGCCCCACUCAGCCUGACCCACAUAGAUGAGGGUUUGCCCGGUGGCCAGGCUGUCGACUUGGCUUACAGUAACUACCACGUGAAACAAUUCCUGGAGGCGCUCCUGCGCAACAGUGCUGUCCAGAGCAAAGAUGAUGGGGACCAUCACUUUUCCCGAGGUUUGGAGGGAAGACCAGAUGGUGCAGGAGGAGGCGUGAGUUCCAUGAUGGAUGUACCGACUGACUGGUAUGGAGAGGACUCAGGUGAUGUGCUCGUGGUCCCUAUCAAGCUCCACAAGUGUCCUUUCUGCCCUUACACCGCCAAACAGAAGGGCAUCCUUAAGCGGCAUAUCCGCUCGCACACGGGUGAACGACCCUACCCCUGUGAGACCUGUGGCAAGAGGUUCACUCGACAGGAGCACCUGCGGAGUCAUGCCCUGAGCGUUCACAGAUCCAACCGUCCAAUCAUCUGCAAGGGCUGCAGAAGAACUUUUACAAGUCACCUGUCCCAGGGACUACGGCGCUUUGGGUUGUGUGACAGCUGCACCUGUGUUACAGACAUGCACGACGAGGAGGACGAUUUGAUGCCCAUCAACCUUAGCCUGGUGGAGGCUUCUUCUGAAAGCCAAGAAAAGAGUGACACAGACAAUGACUGGCCAAUCUACGUGGAGUCUGGUGAGGAAAACGAUCCCGCUGGAGAGGAUUCUGACGAAAGACGGCAAAUCCGGCCCUACUUGUCAGAUCGGGAGACACUUACAUAGCAGUAAAUUUUGAUGGGGGAAGAGGUUUUAGAAUUUGUCCAUUUUGCGUUCAAAAGCCACCAUUUGUCCAAUUUUUGGGGACCCUGAGAGGAACAUUUUUCACCAUUACUAUACUUGCAUUUUUUUUUAUACUUGCAUUUUUGUUAGAUUACAUAGCAAAGUUUGGAUCUUA